AUGGAGGCCCUGGCCCAUGGGGCCCAUCUUAAAGGCGUUAAAUUCCCCAAAGUCAUAACAUGCCCACAUGAGAUGGUGGCCAUGUGUAUGGCCGAUGGGUUUGCCCGCCUCACGGGAAAGCCACAGUGUGUGUUGGUCCAUGUUGAUGUGGGAACUCAGAUGCUUGGCUGUGCUAUGCACAAUGCAUCAGUGGCCCGCUGCCCUGUUCUUGUCUUCGCCGGCCUCUCGCCAUUCACCCUGGAGGGAGAGACUCGCGGAUCCCGCACCGAGUAUAUCCAUUGGCUUCAAGAUGCCCCGGAUCAGAAGGCCAUCGUUUCUCAGUUUUGCCGCUUCGCCGGCGAGUUUAAGACUGGCAAGAACAUCAAGCAGGUCCUAAACCGAGCCUUGCAGUUUGCCACCAGCGAUCCCAAGGGCCCAGCGUACAUCAUGGGCGCCCGUGAGAUUAUGGAGGAGGAGAUUGCUCCCUACCAUCUGGAUCAAGACGUUUGGGGCAGUGUAUCUCCAAGUGGUCUGCCCACAGAAGCACUGGACAUCAUUGUUUCUACAUUGGCAGAAGCCGAGCGUCCGUUAAUCAUUGUCGGCUAUACUGGGCGCAACCAUGCUACCGUACCUGAGCUUGUUAAGCUGGUGGAAGCUAUUCCGGGAACUACAGUACUGGACGGACUCGGUAGCGAUGUUUGCUUCCCCUGGAGCCACCGCGCGUUCCUCGGAGUGGGCAUUGGGCGCCACAAGAGCAUUGAAAAGGCCGACGCAAUUCUCGUCAUUGACUGCGAUGUCCCGUGGAUCCCGACCCAAUGCAAGCCGCCCUCCGAUGCAAAGAUCAUACAUGUGGAUGUCGAUCCUUUGAAAGAGAAUAUGCCUCUGCAUUACAUCCCGGCCUUCCGAAGGUAUCGCGCAGACUCAGAGACUGCGAUCCGACAGCUGAACGACUACAUUUCUCAACACCAACGGUAUUCUAACCUCACAAAGAUCGAGCCUUAUAACAAGAGAUGGGAAGCGCUAGAAGUAUCGCAUCGACAACACCUCUCAAAGCUCGCAAAGAUUGCGGAACCACCUGCCGACCCCUCAGAGCCUGUGGGAACAUCUUAUCUUUGCUCAAAGCUACGGGCCACAUGCCCUGCAGACACCAUCUGGUGCGUCGAGGCUGUCACGAACGCGCCCUUUAUCUACGAACAGCUCCAGGUAGAUGAGCCCGGCCAUCUCAUUAACGGGGGCGGAGGCGGUCUUGGCUGGUCCGGAGGCGCUACGAUUGGCGUGAAGUUGGCUUCAGACUGGUUGGCUGGGGGCCAAGGAAAAGGAAAGUUUGUAACACUGAUUGUGGGCGAUGGCACCUACAUGUUUGGAGUCCCAAGCACCGUGUAUUGGAUUGCCCGGAGGUACGGGCUGCCCACGUUGACCGUGGUUCUAAGUAACAAGGGAUGGAAUGCUCCUCGGAAUUCAUUGACAUUGGUUCACCCCGAUGGCUAUGGAUCCAAGCUGUCGAAUGAAGGUCUGAACAUCUCAUUUACGCCGACCCCCGACUUCUCAGGCAUAGGAAAAGCAGCAUCAGGAGGAACUGCAUGGGCUGGAGUUGUCUCUACGAGCGAGGACUUGAUUCGAUUGCUACCGGAAGCUGUUAAAAAGGUGCAGUCUGGCGUUUCGGCGAUUCUCGAAGUUAGACUUAAGGGGUCCUGGUGA